AUGUCACAAGCCGAGGGCGACCUUCGAGAUGGGCUAUCGGCACGAGAAAUCUUCGCGAACAGCGAAGGACUCACCUAUAACGACUUUCUCUUGCUUCCGGGAUACAUCGAUUUCACUGCCGAAGAAGUCGACCUGACGUCUCCCUUGACGAAAAAAAUUAACUUGAAAGCGCCGUUGGUGUCUACUCCGAUGGAUACGGUCACUGAAGCAGAUAUGGCCAUCGCGAUGGCUCUUUGCGGUGGCAUCGGCAUCAUUCAUCACAACUGCACUCCCGACUACCAGGCUAAUGAAGUCCAUAAGGUAAAGAAGUACAAACACGGUUUCAUUAGAGACCCUGUAUGCAUGGGACCAGAAAACACUGUUGCAGAUGUCAUAGAAGCAAAAAAGAAGAAUGGCUUUACUGGUUAUCCAAUAACUGAAAAUGGAAAACUAGGUGGCAGAUUGAUUGGCAUUGUUACUUCUAGGGACAUCGACUUUAGAGAGGGAGACCCACAAUUGAGCCUGAAGGAAGUCAUGACUCCUAUUAGUGAUAUGAUAACAGCUCAGUCCGGAGUCACUCUUCAAGAUGCCAAUUAUAUUCUUGAAAAAAGUAAGAAAGGUAAACUGCCCAUCAUUAAUGGUGAUGGUGAACUUGUAGCAUUGAUCGCUAGGACGGAUCUAAAGAAGGCCCGUAGUUACCCUAAUGCAUCAAAAGAUUCAAACAAACAGCUAUUAGUCGGAGCGGCAAUCGGGACCAGGGAAGCUGAUAGAGAACGCCUUAAACUUCUAGUCAGCAAUGGUGUAGAUGUUAUUGUACUUGAUUCAUCACAGGGAAACUCUACUUACCAGGUAGAUAUGAUAAAGUUCAUAAAAAAAAAUUAUCCCAAUAUACAAGUAAUUGGAGGUAACGUAGUAACCAGAAUGCAGGCAAAGAAUCUCAUAGAAGCCGGUGUUGACGCUUUAAGGGUUGGUAUGGGAAGUGGGUCUAUAUGUAUCACCCAAGAGGUGAUGGCAUGUGGUUGCCCACAAGCUACAGCAGUCUACCAAGUUUCAUCAUAUGCUCAUCAAUUUAAUGUUCCUGUAAUUGCUGAUGGUGGCAUACAAUCUGUUGGGCACAUUGUGAAGUCAUUAGCUUUAGGAGCUUCUACAGUGAUGAUGGGAUCUCUUCUGGCAGGUACUUCGGAAGCUCCAGGAGAGUACUUUUUCUCUGAUGGAGUUAGACUAAAGAAAUAUAGAGGAAUGGGCAGUUUAGAAGCCAUGGAGAACAAAGACGGAAAAGGCUCUGCCAUGAGCCGCUAUUUUCAUAAAGAGUCAGAUAAACACCGGGUCGCUCAAGGAGUAAGCGGCAGUAUUGUGGAUAAGGGUUCAGUGCUGCGAUUCUUGCCCUAUCUCCAAACAGGUAUGCAGCAUAGCUGUCAAGAUUUGGGAGCUAAAUCUGUCGCAAAAUUGCGGGAAAUGAGUUACUCGGGAGAUCUAAGAUUCAUGAAAAGAACAUAUUCCGCUCAACUUGAGGGAAAUGUCCACGGUUUGUUUUCAUACGAAAAAAGAUUAUUUUAA